GAGGAAGUUUUUUGCUGCGUUGUUUUUCAGUUACAUAACAAUACAAAAGCGUUGUGAUGCCUCCCAAGGCCGAUGAGGAGCCUAUGUCGGCUCUGGCGAAGGUGAAGCUGUAUACGGCUGUCCACUGGAAGGGUCUGGUCAUCUUCCUCACUCCUCUGAUUUUCAUCUUCGUUCUGUCACCGUUCCCGCCAAAGAACUACCAAUGGACAGCGUACUGCCUGUGCGUGAUGGCGGUGUACUGGGUGACGGAGUGUAUACCGCUGCCCGUGACGUCAUUCCUGCCCCUCGUCAUAUUCCCCAUGACGGGAGUUCUGGAGACUGGUGAAGUUUGCAGGUCUUAUAUGAAUGAUACCCUAUUCAUGUUCAUUGGGAGUCUGAUCCUCGCGUACUCGGUGGAGCAAAGCGGCCUGCAUCUGCGACUCGCGUACGGCAUGAUACGACUCAUCGGAUACUCACAUGUCAGAUUGUUACUGUCAUUGUGUAUUGUGACUACCUUUAUCUCAAUGUGGAUAACUAAUACAGCCGCUACGACCAUGAUGGUUCCUCUCUGCUUUGCUGUUCUGAGAGUAUUUGAAAGCCAAAAUUUAUUGAAUGUGUACAAAAAGAAUAGCGAAGGGGAAGAUGUUGCUACGGAUAUAACAGUUUGCUACUUCUGUACAAUAACUUACUCGGCGACUGUAGGUGGAAUUGGAACUCUUAUUGGGACGGGAACUAACUUGGUAUUCAAAGGACUUUUCAUGACUCAAUAUCCGAGUGCUCCAGAGUAUUUGUCUUUUCCACUUUACUCGGGGUUCGCUGUACCGAUGAUGAUUGCGCUAGCAGUUUCAACGUUCCUGAGCAUGGCUGUUGUGUAUCUUGGAUUAUUGAGACCUGGCAGCAAAGCUGCAAAGGAAACGAAGAUAACUCCUGACGCUAAGCGCGCAUUGAAAAAGCAAGUUGAUGCAGAUUGGAAGCGCUUAGGGAUGUUAACAUAUUGGGAAAUAAUGGUGAUUAUAUUAUUCGGAGGUGGCAUAUUGGCAUUCUUCUGUCGUUCACCGCAAAUUUUUAAAGGCUGGGGUGAUGCCAUUCUGGAAUACUAUGGAAUCAAAGAUAACAAAUUCGUAAGAGAUUCAGCACUUGCUAUGUUUGUAUCGUUUUUGAUGUUCCUUUUGCCAUCAAAUCUUGAUUUUUUCAAGAACUGUACAGCCAAAUAUAAGGAAGACCUUCCUAAAGAAAGGAUCAGAUCUGUUCUAGACUGGAGGAUAGUGAUCACCCAGCUACCCUACAGCUUUUGUUUCCUACUUGGCGGUGGUUUCGCAUUAUCCGAUGCAGCCAGGAAGACUGGAUUGAAUGAGAAAAUUGGCGAAGUUCUUCAAGGGUUGAAAAACUUGCCAAAUGUUAUAAUUCUGUUGAUGAUUAUAAUUGUUGUGGUGUUUGUUACCAAUUUCGCCUCCAAUGUAGCUGUGUGCAACGUGGUGGCGCCUAUUGCUAUGCAGCUGGCUAAGGAGAUCAACAGGAACCCGCUCUGGUACGACUUGGCCGCUGGGAUCGCUGCGUCCUUUUGUUUUAUGAUUCCUGUUGGUACUCCUGGCAAUCUGGUGGUGCAGAGUGCAGCUAAAAUUCCAACCUCUAAAAUGAUUGUAGCAGGAGCGUUACCAACAGUAUUCGCUAUCAUUAUAAUUUGGAUCAUGGUAUACUUCUGGGCGCCAGUGGUUUGGCCAGACAUUCACUUGCUACCACAAUGGGUCGAUGGCCUUUGAGACCAAGAUAUUUUAAAACUUUUCUACAUUUUAAAUACAAAUUUCUUGCUUUUAGUAUGUGUUGUUUGAAUUUGACAUUAUUUAUGUGUGUAUUG